GAUACAAAACACGGAUAACAAUAAACAUAGAUUUUUCAAAAAAGUGUAUUUAGUACACAAAGUGAAAUCAUACGCUGCUGUCACCGUUGCGAAGCUUGUCUGGACGCAGCCAAAGUAUCACCUGUGUCGUUAGAAGUGUAAUAACAAUCAAUCAUUGUAAAAUGAUAUUAUCGGUUAAACUUAUAAUAGCCGUUAUUGUUUUGUUAAUUGUCGGCUUGAUAAUUAAAUUAAUAUUUUAUCGUGGCCGUCUAAAAAGCGUGGAAAAUAAACAUGUCGUGAUAACUGGUGGUUCCAGUGGAAUCGGAAAAUCCGUAGCAAUCGUUGCUGCUAAGAAUGGAGCGCACGUAACUAUCAUAGCCCGUAAUGUAGAAAAACUAGAAAAGGCUAAAUAUGAAAUAAUGCAAGCUUGUAAGAAUAAGGACACUCAGCGAGUGGAAUAUUUAUCAUUUGAUAUAACUAAAAACUACGAAGAGUUACAAAAAGCAUUUAUGGAACUCGAGAAGACGAUGGGUCCUAUAUACAUGUUAGUAAAUUGUGCUGGCUCUUCUGUCUGUGCUAAAAUCGAAGAUACAUCCACUUCUGAUAUACACAAAAUGGUCGAUUUGAAUUUUCUUGGUACUUAUUAUUGCAUCAAAGCCGUCGUGCAAAGCAUGAAAACUGCUAGAGAUGGAAUCAUCGUAUUAACCUCCUCUCAGGCUGGUUUUAUAGGUAUCUAUGGUUAUUCCGCUUAUUGUAGCGUCAAGUUUGCUCUGCGCGGUUUGGCAGAGAGUAUGGCCAUGGAACUUACUCCGCACAAUAUUUCGGUGACUCUUUGCUUACCUCCUGAUACCGAUACACCUGGUUUUGCCGAAGAAGAACUAUCAAAGCUGUUAGAAACGAAAUUGAUUUCUCAAUCGUCGAGCUUAGUAAAACCGAACGUAAUUGCGAACCAAUUAUUUAAAGAUGCCUUAAAUGGCAAAUUCUUUUCUACCGUUGGUAUGGAAGGAUUUCUUCUGUGUACAGUAUCUUGUGGGAUGUCUCCUUUUACUUCGAUUUUGGAGUUAUUAGUGCAAAUAACAUUAAUGGGUCUCAGCAGACUCAUAAGCGCAUUUUAUCUCAUCUCAUUCCAAAGAAUUAUUUUAAAGUGUAUGAAAACUCGUGAUAAGAAUAAGAAGUCGGAAUGAACAGCGUUAUUGUAUAAUAAGAAGGAUCCGUGGUCCGAUUGCGUCAAAAAAAAAAUCAAUUUACUUCAGGAAACUGAAUGUAUUAUCAUUCCAUAUAAUAUUUAUAGUAACGUCGAAAUGGAAGCAAUAAAUGCACAUUUGAGUACGA